CAAAAUGUGCAGGAAGAUUAGAUAUAGGGCUUCACCGUACCAGAGCGAUGUUACAUUAAAGGAACUGGAUUAGGAUUAUCCUACAGCGUUUUCAUUCCUGUCAAAAUGCAAAGACAGUUGACUGGUAGCGGGCGACAGGGUUGCCACGCUAUCUAGACCCGUCCAACAUAUUAUGGGUCUCGCGACGGCGGCGACGGCUUCUCGCGACCACCAGCCCGCCGACUCCUUUCACCCCCACUGACCCGCAACCAAGAACUUUCCUUGUAUCCAUUGUUACUCAAUGCUGACGUUUUAACUCGAUUCUUAUGUGAUCUGAGAAUGAGCCUGACGACCAUUACAUGGUUCAGCAACCCCAGUUUAUGUCGGUGGCAUGCGCGCGAGAUCCCGGUCGGAAUGAGAUAGAGAUGUUGAGGCCGAAUAUAGUAAUGGGAUGCUGACCUGGAUUUUCGGUAUAAGUAUCAUCAGUUGCCUCGAAAUAAUCCCAAUAUUUCUCUUCAGCACCGAAAGGAAUAUCUGAAUCAUCAUAUACCUACCUAUCUAAUACUAUUAAGCAAAUUUAUUGCCACCGGAAACCAUCAAUACAAUCAUAAUACCAGGCUCAUAUUCCAACUAAAUUAGAAUAAAGCUUUUCGACAUGGUGGCCCAAACCAGAACACUUGAGUCUGCUGUCGCAGUUCUCGAGAAGUUAGCUUCAGACCCUACGGCCACUCGCACGGCUCUUGGAGCAGAUAACGAACUUCGGAAGAGGCUCUUGUCGGCAACACUAUCGCUUAUUCCAGAAUUGGAAACGUCGGCCGAAGCUUGUCAACGGUUUUUAUACAAUAUACUCGAGCUACCUAUGGCUAGGAUCGCUGUGGAUCUUAAUAUCUUCAGCCUGCUUAAGGAGAGUUCCACCCCCCUUUCGACAGCAGAACUCGCAAAACAGACGGGCAAGAAUCCGAAUCCGAAACUUCUGGCUCGUGUCCUGAGAUACCUAGCUUCACUAAGUUUUAUCCGUGAAGUCGACAGUGACAUCUGGACUGCAAGCCAUCUCGGGAAUAACCUAUUAGGAAAGGGCCAGAGCGCAGGGGUAGCUAGCAUGGUCGACAACUGUGGCUUGGCGAUGCUAACUCUUCCGGCUUUUCUUCGUCGCCAUAACUACAAUCCACCUGAAGAUAAGAGCGACACGGCGUUCGCCCAGGGCAAUAGAGUGGCUCCUGAAGAGGUGACCUUCUUCCAAUGGCUCAAGAACCGCCCCGAGAAUGCCAAGGACUUCAACAUCUUUAUGACCUCCCACCGGACCGGCGUCAAGACGUGGUUUGAACAAUCAAAAGUCAUUGAGGAAAUCACGGAUGCCUUUGAGAAGGUAACCGUUGGGAAAGAGGGCGGGAAAGCGAAAGGGGUCUCCUUUGUGGAUAUCGGCGGUGGUAUUGGUCACCAAUGCAAGGCAUUCAAGAAACAAGUGCCAGACUUGGGAGGCACUAUCGUUCUAGAGGACCUGGAAGAAGUGGUAGCAAACGCAGAACUCGAGGACGGGAUCGAGAAAGUUGGAGUAGACUUCCUCGCUGGUCAACCUGUUAAGGGCGCGGCAUCUUACUAUUUCAGAAGCGUUUUGCGAAACUGGCCCGAUCAAUACGCUCGAACAAUUCUCGGUCAUGUGCGAGAUGCCAUGGACGAACACUCUCUACUGCUGAUUGAUGAGUUGGUACUUCCAGAUCGGGGCGCGCAUCGGUAUGAGACACAGCUUGACUUGGCCAUGCUUGCCAUGCUCAACGCAGAAGCAAGAACGAGGACACAUUGGAAUCAAUUAUUAGCCGAAGUGGGUUUUGAAGUGAAGGAUAUCGUGUUCUACGAAGAGGAAGCAAGGGAGGCCGUGAUCAUCGCGAAGAAAAUAUCGAGCUAAGUAGGUAUCUAUUCCAGCUUUGGGCAUAGUCUUUACCGGAGUCAGGUCAGGCGGCGAUUAUGUUUUCAACAAACGGGUGGUUCAACUGUGUAUUUCAAUUUGGG